AUGAGUAGUAGUAGUCAAGAUAUAACUUAUUAUUCUAUGGGUCUGAGUAACACAGUCAGUCAUUUGUUACAAGAUGAAGAAUAUUUACAAAAUGAAAGUGGAUGUAAGAUGAUUCUAUAUCUGGCAAGUAUGGGAUAUAUGCCACCAGAAGAAACAACAGAUACAAUGAUGACACUUUUAAAAACAAAGAAAGAAGAAACACUUGUAAAUUAUAUUAUGGCUGUAUUUCAUCAGUUGUUCGAUAGAUACCAAUUCCAUAUUGAUUUUCAUUUCGAUUUACUUCAAUCAGUGUUAAUGUCGAUAGAUCAUUAUUAUAACGAUGUACCACUUGAAUCUGGUAUUACACAUAUACCAAUAUAUAACUCGAUUUCAUUAUUAAACUAUUUUGUAUUAGUAUUACAACAUCUGACCGAUCAAAAAGUAUACGAUAACCCACUGAAAACCAUUCUCGAGAGAAACCGAAAGGUUACAUUCUUCAAAGCGAUAUUCUCUGUUGUCAGUAAAUGUGACUUGGAGGUCUACAAAAAUAUAUUAAAGCUAAUUACCAUUUCAGACACAAGCCGACGUCCACUCGAAGUGUUUGUUAUCACCAUCAACCAGCUGCUCCAAUCGAUCCUCUUCACCGAGCAGUACGCACCCGACCAAGACUGGCAAGCGGUCCACAACGAACUCACACAAUUCACCGAAAUCAUGAAAAUGGAGAAAGACGUCGAUAAAGUGAUUACAAUCAACUUGUUAAUAAUGGAUACACUAGUGAAUGGUAAACUUAUUCAAUAUAAAAAUAACAUUAAUAAUAAUAAUAAUAAUAACAAUGAAAAUCAAUCAAUUACAACAUAA